AUGCCAAAAUCUAAACGAAGCGAGCCGCUUGACCAUCGGAAGGCUGAAGGCAUAAAAAUGCAGCAGGGCGGAGGAUCUGAUACAGAAGUCACAUGGGAGGACCAGCAGAAUAUCAACAAAUUCGGAAGGCUGAAUAAUCGCUUUCACGAGCUCGAAGAUGAGAUCAAAAUCGCUAAGGAAACUUGCGACAACUUGGAGGACGCCAGCAAUGAGUUGAUUCUCACGGACGAGGAAGUGGUACGAUUUCAGAUAGGAGAGGUGUUUGCCCAUGUGCAAAAGGACGAAGUUGAGGGCAGGAUUGAGGAAAUGAAGGCGGUGACAAGUGAGAAAUUGGAAAAUCUGAAAGAGGAGAAGGAAUCCGUGCUUGCAGAGAUGGCUGAAUUGAAGAAAAUUUUGUACGGAAAGUUUAAGGACUCGAUUAAUCUUGAGGAGGAUUAA